AUGGCGGGUACAAUGAAGCGAACGCGGAAGCUGCAGAUUAGCUGCGGGGACGAGGAGGACGAUUCGUUUCCCAGCCAUGGGCUAUGGGAGAUAAGGAAUGCUGACGUGGACAGCGGCUCGACGAUAGAGUCCAAGCCAGGCGGUGCUACUGGUAGUGGUAGCGGAGCUGCGCGGUCUAGUUUAGAGACGUCCUUAGUAAGAGAAAGCUCAGUGAUUCCUACUCCUAGCACCACCACCACCGUAACGACAAGCAUUGCCGACUUUAACUCGUCGGGAUAUGGCGAUUCGGUAUCUUCCGCUUGGGACCACAUUUUAGGAAGCGACGCGACUCCCACCGGAAGCGGCGGUCGCGGCUUGCAUGAUUCCCCUCUCACUCCCACCCCGCCAACUCCGAUACACGACAAAAUCCUCCAGUCCACGUCGAUCGAGAUCGGCCACGUCGGCACGCUGACGUGGCGCCAGCUGGCGGUUGACCGCGAUUUGAGGCUGAUUUCCUGGUGGCACCACGUGCCGCUUUACAGCCGCGACGGGCUGCUUAAUUUCGUCUGCGCGACGCCUAGAGGCUCGUGGAUUAAGUACGAGGUAGCUCAGAACGAGGAGUUCACCCCGCUUCGAAUUUCCCAGUUUCCCUCCACGAACGGUUACUCGAAGCCGGCGCAUUUCGCGGAGAACGCGACGCGGUUCACCCUAGGUUUUCUCCCGCAGACGUACGCGGACCCCGCGCAGCCCAACCCCGACUAUGGCGGCCUCGCGUACCAAGGCGGUCCGAUGGACGCCUUGCUGCUGGAUCUUAAUGACGCGUCGCGAGCCGGGUUCGCCUCGUCGGUUAGUCUGUCUAAUAGUAUGCUGCCGUCCCGCGAUUUGCGGACAGGGGAUGUGUGUCAGGUGAGAGUAGUCGGCGCGUUCGCGGUCGUACAGCAGAAGAGCCGCCUUUCCUGGAAGCUUCUUGCCAUUCCCGCGGCGCCGGGUAGCAGUAGUCGAGGUGGCGGUGUCGGUGAGGAUGACGUGGCUGAUCGGAUCAGUGACGUGGCAGACGUGCAUGCGCUGUUCCCGGGCCUGCUGGACGACAUUCGCGAAUGGCUGCGAUUCUGCGACUGCGUUGAUCCAGACGAUGAGGAGAACGAGUUCGGGCUCAACCAAAGGGCCGGCGCUGCUGACGUGGCGCUGGCAAUCAUUGCGCAGGCUCAUGCUUCCUGGCAGCUUCUCACGGACGACAGCCCGCCGCCCUCCCCCUGGAGCCCCGCCAACCUCGUGCUCUCGGCGCGUGUUCUCCAGGAAAAAUGGCGGAAAUACACUGAUCAGUAUUAUAACGAGGCAGAUAGUAAAGGAGAUCGGAAGAGUGGCAGCUGGGAGGGUGAGAGGGGGGGAAGGGCGUUCAGUGUGGGGAGCUUGGGAAGCUGGCAGGGGGGAGGUGGGAGUGGGAGUUUGAGUGGUGGUGGUGCUGCUGCUGCUCCUCCACUUAACCUCCCGUUUGUUCCGUUCAGCGAUCCCACCACCUCGAGGGCUGAAAGGAGGUUCGACAGGGCGUGGGAGGAGACAAGCAGAGCAGGCUCGUUUUCUGGCAGCAGCACCCGCUCGUUUUUGCAUGCCGCCACUGCUGCUGCUGCAAAUGGUGAUGCUGGUGGGAGUGGUGUUGGAAACGGCUUGCGGUUUGGCGGCUCUUAUAAGGAUUCUCGGGUCAGCUCUUACGGAGGAUCGUCCGAAGGGCCUACUAUGGUAGGGGGGGAGCUGAGGACUUGCAAGUCAGGCCCCAUGGUAGUGCGGUUUGGAGUGGUGGAGCGGGAGGAGAGGGAAGAGGGGAGUAAUUGGGGUAGGGAAAUGGAGGGAAAUCAGGAGGAAGAGGAGGAGGGGCACGGUAGCAGGUCGUACAGCGUGCCAGAGGCACCAUAUGACACGUCACAUGGACCGACAUUUGGCAGCAGCACUGCAUUUGCGGCUGCUGGUGAUGGUGGGUGGAGGAUGAAGGCUCGUCGCAAGUCGGGGUCAUGGGAUUUCGGCAACAUGACUGUUGGAGGGGUGUGGAUACCCGACGCUCUAGCAGCGCGUAACAGCGUUACCACUGAUAACACAGUAACAUCUCUUGCCACUGCUGCGUUCGCUGACACUUCCGCCCCUGAUGAAAAUCUCAUUGCCACUGUAGCAGAGGUGACUAACGGUAACCGUGUAACACUAGCAGGUAACAAGGCACAAGCCACAGAGCACAGCAGAGGCUUCCCUCUCUUUAGACACAGCAGCUUGAACCGCGCCUUACUUAACGAUCACAGGACAGCAUUGGCCAGGCUCGGCGCGCUCUGGGGCACGGGAGGAGGCUCGGACCGACCUCCUCCAGAACCUGACACGCAGGUUCGGGAAUCCUCCAAGCCUGAUGGCGAGGUUCGGGGAUCUUCCAAGCCUGACGGGGCGGUUCGGGCAGUGCAGCGGCGGUGGGGAGGUUGGAGGUACGGGCCUAUGGGGGGGCGAAUGGGUGAGCGUGAAGGGAGUGAAGGUGGAGCAGGUGGGACAGCUGCAGCAACAGCUCUAGCAGCAGGACCAAGAGCAACAAGAGCAGCUUCGGCAGCAGCGCCGGCAACUGCAGCAGCAAGAGCAACAGCAGCAGCAGCAGCAGCAGCAGGCGGGGCAAUAAGAUCAGGGGAAGUGAGUGUAACGCCAAGACCCCUCACAGCUGAAAGUCCCUCCGUGGGAGGUGGUGGUAUUGGUGGUGGCAGGAGGAGGAGGGGGACACAGGGCACCAACAACUGGCCAUCCCUCUCCUCAUCCUCGUUUGGAGACGCCUCGAUAGCAGACACACUCGAUCUCGCAUCGCCGCGCACCAGCCUGAGUGACGCCUGGGAUCAGGCCCUCGUCUCCUCUCUCGAUGAUGACGCGUCUCUGCUUUCCCUGCCACCCGUCCUCGCUUUUUUGUGGGAUACUGCAGGCGCAGUUGCCACUGGUGCUAUUGCUGGGUCAGUGAGGGGCGGGGAACAGCAGGGCGGAAGUGGUGGGGCGUGUGUAGCAUUGCAGACGAGGGAGAUUCUGGCGUUCUCUCACAGGCUUGUUGCUGGGGUGGAGGCCGCUGCCGCUGCUGCUGCCGUGGUCGCAGAAAGGGUAGGCGAAGCAGCAGCGACAACAGGGGGGGGAGGAGCAGCAGGAUCAGCAGCAGCAGCAGCAGCCAAGGCUGAGCAGGAGGGUGUAUGCAGCAUUGGCAACGGAAGGCAACAGAUGGAAACAGUUGAUUCAGGGUUAGGGAGUGGAGGAGAGGCUGGUGGGGCAUGCAGCAGGGUUUGGGCCCCCUUGGAGUGUAAUGCUUCUGCUGCAAGGAUGGACCCGUGUGACUGUAGGCUGGGUGACAGUAGUGGGAUGCAGGGCAGCAGCAGGAGUUUAGGAGCACGGCCCGUCACAGCAGCAUCGUCUAUAGCAUCAGUAGCUUCAACCUCUUCUGUGGUCACGGCCGCUGCUUGCCAUGGUACGGGCAUGGAAUCACCAAAAGCAGAGAUGAGAGGGAUGGGAGAGGACGGAACGGGAGUGGGAGAGAUCUCAUUGGGCAUCUCCCUUCCAACUACCCCGUCUCUCCCGUCCUCCCUUCCCUCCCCCACCUCCACCGUUUCCUCUGCCACCAUCAGCAUCCCCCGAACCUACAGCAGCUCUGGGUAUGGGUUGAGCCCGCCGAACCUAAGAGGGCAGGUGCGGAGUGAGGUGCUACAGUUGCCAGCAUGGGUGGAUGAGAGAUUAGGAGCAAGAGGGAAUGGAGAGGGUUCGGGGAUGGGGAGAGCGUGGAGGAGUGAGGAGUUGGAUGUGAGUGGGAAAGAGAGGGAGUGUGCAAUUCGGAGGAUUGGAAGCUUGGGGGAAGGUAGUGCGGUUGGGAGCGGUAUUAGUGAAACAGCCACGGCCACCGCAGCAGCAUUGGCAGCAUGGGGAGCUUGCACGGCCACUGCAGCAGCAGUAGUAGCAUUGGCAGGGCACCAGACAUCUAUGUCUGUUCACUCAUUGAAGUCUUCUGCACACCAUCUUUCCUUCAACGAGGCAGCUUAUACUAAGGCUCUGGACGGGGAUCAAUUCUCGACACCUGCUUAUAAAGGAGAUGCCACUCACGGGGAUAAUUGCGGUGGUUUAGACCGGGGGAACGGGGAAGGUGUGGGGGAGAAGAGAGGGGUCCCGAGGGGUGGGCUGAAGCAGUCCUUGAGCUGGGAGGAAAGAGGAGGGAGCAAAGCCGUUUCGAUUUCUCAUCCCCUUUUGAAGGUGUUUCAAUCAGAGUUGCAGGGUGCAGAAGGGACAGAGUCGGAAGGGGAGGAGAGGAGGGAGCAAGCAUGGGAGAGGAAGAGGGAGGAGGAGAGGGAGAGGGAGUGGGAGAGGGAGAAGGAGCGGUUUGUGGUCGGGAGUGUGAGUUUCAGGGAGGCAGCAAGGAAGGAGGAGAGGGGUAGUGAGAGUAAAGGAGUUAUGGACAAAGAGGAUGGAGGUGUAAUGGCGACUGGCGGUUGUGUGGGUGGUAGUGCACAGGAGGAACGGUCUAGGAAGAUGAAGAGGCAGGUGUCAUUCAAUUCGGUUGUGAAGGUCUAUGAAUAUGACAAUGUGCAGUAA